GGUACGUUGAGACUAGAGCGAUGUAUUAUGCCUUCUAAGAACUCAAUUAAUCUGUACGUAUUAUAGUCAAUGGACCCAUCACUGGUCCAUAAUAUUGUAAUUCGUUUCUGUUAUCAAGAGAUUUGUUGUGGAGAGCCCCAAUGGCCAAAAAGCAAUUACCUCACUGACAACAUCAAACUAACAAUUACAAAUUACUGCCAACCUUGGAAGAAACAAUUUUUUUUUUUUUUUUUUUUUAGUUUUACAGAAUGCAAGAAGAGUUUAGCUCAUUACCUUCUUCAUUGAUUCGUGAAGUUGUGAACCUUUUUUGCUAUCAAGAAAUUGUUGGAGGAGAACCAUCAUGGCCAGCGAGCAUUCACCUCACGGAAGAGGUAAAAUCAAACAUUAUCGCCUUUUGUCAACCUUGGAAGCAAAGAAUGGGGAAAAGGAUAAACUUGACUACUCUUAGUGUAAACCCUGGUUGCUUUGUCCCCUUUUUAUUUCUGAUCAAUGAUGAGCUGGAGAAAGAACAUGCUGCCCACAAAUCCUACGAUGUAAGAAGACUCCCUUUACCAAGAUUAUUUUCUGUGCUGCCAACUGCCUCUAUACGAUGGCGAUUUGUCACUGUGAGCGUGAGCGCUCUCUCUUGUUUUACAAGGCAGAAGCUAUCUCGUGGUUAUCAAGAUCAACUAGAGCUGUUUUAUCGUAUUUUUAGAUUCCAGUCAUUGCGUUAUAGAAAUCUCUCAUCAUUUAUUCCAAAUGGAAGCAACACAGUGCGUUUUGGCAACAUAAUGAGAACCGAUGGCUUCUCAAUAGACUUUCUAUUCUACAAAAGACGACAUGGUACCCUUGAAUCUACAUACAAAACUUUAGAUUUAUCUCUGGAUGAUUUCAGUAAAUCUAAAGUCGAACAAACAUACGUCCCUAUAUUUGUUGACUCUAAUCGGAAAAGCGUUUUCAAUGCUACUGUUGGUAUUCAAGACUAGCGAAUACAAAAAUGUAGCAUGAAGGAGUAUUAUCAUUUGACAGGUCUACCAGCCUCUCUAAAAAAUAGAAAGUAAAAAAAGAAGUGAAGGCAUAAAUCACGUUGAAAGCAAUAUCCUCUCCCAGGACCUCCAGUUUGUCAAAGCAUCAUGAUUAU